AUGGCAUUUGCGGCUCUCGACUGCGCCGGCUCGGGCAGAUCCGAUGGAACGUACGUCUCGCUCGGUCUUCAAGAAAGCCGAGAUAUAUUGAUGUGCAUAUGCGCGCUUCACACGUACUACUCGGUCCAGCUGACGUCACUGAGUCUCUGGGGUCGCUGCAUGGGCGCCAACGCCGUGCUCCUCCUCUGCGAUGCGCUUCGUAUCGAGCAUUGA